ACUACACCACCAAGGAUGGGUUUACGCCCUAAGGGGCGGGGAUCAGAUAUUAUGUGUUUCAGAAUUCACUACGGCAAUUUGCUUUACUUCUUUGUAGCUCACUUCAAACAAGUGCACCUUCAUUUCCGUGCGUUUAGAAAGUGAAAGAUCCAGCAUGUCAGCCAAAGACACGGUGCAACACAACAAAAUAUCCAUCCUCACGGCGUUGUGCGGCGACUACCGGUUGAUCCUCAACAAAGUUCAUGCGAACGACCUGGUGACCGCCCGAGAGUACAACAACCUCAAAAGUAUCUGCAAAGAGGACGUAGAGGGCCAUGUGGUGGAACUUGUGGAUAAAAUCCUAAACAAGGGAGAGGACACCUGCCGUGCUUUCCUGAGUCUCCUGCAAACAGACGAAGACGUUAAGGCCACUUUCCCACAGCUGAGGAACUUAACACUGAUCGGCAGCCACCCACCGCACAAGCCCGCUCAAGCAUCGUGUUCAGAUGGAGAGGAGAAGGAUGAGCAGUACCAAAUAACACACUGUCCCGUUGGCAUCUGUUUGAUAAUAAACAACGUGGAUUUCUUUGACGGCACCACAAGAAGUGGAUCCGACAGAGAUGCAAAUUGUUUGGCCGAGGUGUUCGGCUGGCUUGGGUUCCGAGUGCUGAUGUGUAAAAACCAAACAAAGCAACAGAUGGAAGACACGCUGGAGAUCUUUAGUUCUCUGAGCGACGCUGCAAAGCUGCAGGAUUUGAACGCCAAGGAGUUCUGCGGCAGUGGAUUCACUGAUCUUCGGGACGCCCCUGAACAUGGCGACGUCUUUGUUUGCUGUGUUCUCAGUCACGGGGCAAAGGGCGUCGUCCUUGGGGUUGAUUUCCAAAGUGUCCCCAUUAAACAAAUGACUAGAACUUUCAAGGCAAGUGACCAGUCACCCCUCACUGGCAGGCCCAAAGUGUUCGUGAUCCAGGCUUGCCAGGGCGUUCUCAUGCAACGUGGCGUGUUGUUACCUGAACUUCAGACGGAUGAUUGCCUUUUCAUUCCCGAGGAAGCUGAUAUCCUCAUUGCCGUGGCAACUGUUGAGGAUUGCAAAGCAAUGAGGCACAAAAAACAUGGCAGCUGGUUCAUCCAGUCUGUGUGUAAGCACCUGAAGGAGGGCUGUCCCAGGGGUGAAGACAUGGUCGCCAUCCUCCACCAUGUGAAUGACGAAGUAAGCCAGCAAGAGGCCUCCCGAGUAGCUGGUGAAAAGAAGCAAAUGCCGGAGGUUCGAUUCACCCUGAGGAAGAAACUUGUGUUGUCACCGCAGCACAUCUGAAAUUCAGUCAGCCAAAGUCACGUAAUUACAUAAUACCAAAUCUUACCAAAGUAAGAGAAGUUAAGUCAGGGCAUGCGUGUACUCAAUUCUCCUAUCUGUCUUUUACAUCAUCCGCUAUCUGUAUUUUUAGAAUUACAACAAAUCCAAGUUUUUUUAUACUUGAUAUUGAACAUAUAUAUAUACAUAUAGUGGAACCUCUGUUAGCAUGUUUUUAGGUUAAUGUUGAAAAAGUACGCAAUUUUCUUGUUAGCGUCUUGUUCUGUUGUUAAUACACUGCUGGAGCCCAACUGUCUUCCUCAUGUAUUCUUAUCACAAAACAUCCUUCUUUGUUAGCGUCCACAAAAUGGCAUCCAGAAGCCGUCGAUGAUGUCAUCAGAGGUUGACUCUCAAAAAUGUUAACACAAAACACUUUUUUAUAGUUUGACAUGAAUAAAACGCUUUGAAAUGCAUAUAAAUGAGGAAUGAAAGGGUUUUCUCCAGGUACUCCGGUUUCCUCCCACAUUCCAAAAACAUGCAUGUUCGGUUAAUUGGAGACUCCAAAUUGUCCAUAGGU